AUGUUAUGGAAUCUAUACGAGGAGCAGAAACAAAGGAAAAGGAAUCGGAAUUUGACCGUUGAAACCAGCUGUAUUCUCGGACAAGACAACCUCAGUCCGUCAUCGCGUCGUUUGUUGAAGUUAUACAUGGCAAUGCUCUUGCUGCUUUUAGUUUUGACAGCGUCAGCUGUUUCUGCAGAUGAAGAUGCAUUUGUUGGCGUGAAUAUCGGAACAGAUCUCUCGGACAUGCCACACCCGACACAGGUAGUUGCACUCCUCAAAGCUCAGCAAAUCCGACAUGUCAGGCUGUACAAUGCGGACCGUGGUAUGCUUCUUGCACUUGCCAAUACAGGUAUCAAAGUUGCUAUCUCUAUCCCCAAUGAACAACUACUAGGCAUUGGUCAAUCAAAUUCAACUGCUGCAAAUUGGGUGUCACAGAAUGUUGUAGCACAUUAUCCAGCUACCAAUAUUACAACAAUCUGUGUUGGUUCUGAGGUUCUAACAUCCCUACCAAAUGCCGCACGUGUUCUUGUCAACGCCCUAGAGUUUAUCCAGUCAGCGCUUGUGGCGUCCAAUCUCGAUAAACAAAUCAAAGUUUCUACACCUCUUGCAUCUUCCAUUAUCCUCGACUCAUUCCCACCAUCUCAAUCCUUCUUUAACCACUCUUGGAAUCCGGUGCUAAUUCCCAUGCUCAAUUUCUUGCAAUCGACGGGUUCGUAUUUCAUGCUAAACGUUUAUCCAUAUUUUGAUUACAUGCAAUCAAAUGGUGUCAUUCCACUAGAUUAUGCUCUUUUAAAGCCUCUUCCUUCGAACAAAGAAGCUGUCGACGCAAACACCCUUCUUCAUUACUCUAAUGUUUUUGACGCCAUGGUUGAUGCUGCUUAUUUUGCAAUGGCUUAUCUUAACUUCACUAAUAUUCCUGUUAUGGUGACUGAAACUGGCUGGCCAUCAAAAGGUGAUUCAAAUGAGCCAGAUGCUACUUUAGAUAAUGCCAACACUUACAAUAGCAAUUUGAUAAGACAUGUAUUGAACAAUACCGGGACCCCUAAGCAUCCUGGAAUUAUCGUUAGCACUUACAUUUAUGAGCUCUACAAUGAAGAUACAAAACCCGGGCCUGUGUCUGAGAAGAACUGGGGACUAUUUGAUGCAAAUGGGGUGCCCGUGUAUAUUUUGCACUUGACCGGCUCAGGAUCCGUGUUGGCAAAUGAUACUGGAAACCAGACUUUUUGUACUGCAAAAGAUGGCGCAGAUGCCAAAAUGCUGCAGGCUGCUCUGGACUGGGCUUGUGGACCUGGCAAGGUGGAUUGUUCGCCUCUAUUGCAGGGACAAUCGUGUUACGAUCCAGAUAACAUUUUUGCACACGCAACUUAUGCCUUCAACAUGUAUUAUCAUCAGACCGGAAAGACUCCUGAAAGUUGCGAUUUCAAUGGGGUGGCUACCAUCACUACCACAAAUCCAAGUCAUGGUUCUUGCUUAUAUCUCGGAAGUGGAGACAAAAAUGGAACCCUUCUAAAUAGUACCAUUCCAGCUAUGGAUUCCAAGAGCUCAAACUCUGCUGGCAAGUUCAUCUAUGGCAAUGCGUUUUCAGCUGCAGCAUAUAUUGUGGUUGGAGUGAUAGGAUGGAGUGCUGUGCUAUUGUAG